GUGUGCAUAGGGCUUUGGUUGCUGAGUUUUUCUUUUCAGCAGGGGCAAUCAUCCUGGGCUGAUGUUCAAGCAGAUGUGACAAGGGGCCUUUGCAGUCAGUGGUCAUCUUCAAGCCUUGAACCUUCAGAAAGGGAGAGGACAGUCCUGUGCUGCAGCUUUAAAAUCAACCACCACCUUUCACCACCACCUUGGACGAGAAGAUCUCUCCGCAGUCUACAUCUCUCCUUCCCAUUGAUAAAUUCAGCUAUCUUGGUCACAGUCUAUUCAAGCAAGGUGUUUUUGAAAACAGCUUCUUUUUUCCUCCAGUUUUUUUUUCUUUUUGAAAUAGCCAAGCUUUCACAGUCUCUCCAUUGCUUUAAACAGGAAUGGCUGAGUACAUUGCCAUGCUAAGACUUAAUUAAGCCACAUAAACAGGGACACUUCAUGAACAGGGCAGUACUACUGAUCGUUCUUGGAGGAGGGUGUCUAGAGUCCACAUACCAUUCAUUGCCUUUAAAACUGAGGUUAGCAAUGAUUGAAAUCUGAAGAACAUGGCAAGAGGCAGCAAUGACAGGAGGAUCAGGGACUAGACCAGGAAGUUCUGCUGCUCACCUGUGACACUCUGCUGAGUCCCAGGCCCUGGCAGAUGAUGCCAACCCCUGAGAUGACCAUCAUGUCCCACUUAAAGGAUCUCAAAGAUAACUUCCACAGUGACACAGUCCUUUCCAUCUUAAAUGAACAACGCAUUCGGGGCAUUUUAUGUGAUGUCACAAUCAUUGUAGAAGACACCAAAUUCAAAGCCCAUAGUAAUGUCCUGGCUGCUUCAAGCCUUUAUUUCAAAAAUAUAUUUUGGAGUCAUACAAUCUGUAUUUCUGGACAUGUGUUGGAACUAGAUGGCCUGAAGGCUGAAGUGUUCACAGAAAUACUUAAUUACAUCUACAGUUCUACAGUAAUUGUUAAAAAACAAGAGUCUGUUGUGGAUCUUGCAGCUGCUGGAAAAAAAUUGGGAAUAUCUUUUUUAGAAGAUCUUACAGAAAAGAGCUUCUCAGGUUCCCCUUGUCUGUAUUCAUUUUGCAAUACUGAAAAAAAUGAUGUUAAAGAAGAAAAAAGACAGGAAGACUCAGCCAUUACAAAUGGACCAAGAAUCACUAAUGCAUACUCAAUUUUUGAAACUGAGAAUAGUAAUCAUUUGUUUUCUCCUCUUGACCUGAGGGCGAGUUUUAAAAAAAUACCUGAAACAAAUAAAGCAUCCAGUAGUGAUCUGGACAGAACUGAUGUGUGCAAAGAGGUUGAGAGAGCCAGUACAUUAGCUGAACAUUCCUAUGCUGUUACAACAGGUUGUGAUGCUUUGCAACAAAAUUCCUUUUAUUAUGAAAGCACUCCACUUUAUAAAACAGGUGAAGAUUGUUCUGAAGCUGCCCAGUCAGUGCCUCUAGUUAAAUCAGUAACACAGUCAUAUAAUGCAUCAAAGGCUAUAUUUAACUCCCAGAUCACAGAUGCUCCUAUUGUAAAAAUAUCAGCCCACAAGGGAACCACUUCAGAGGGUCCCCAUAAAGUCAUAAAUGAUCACAGCCAUUCUUUUCAGAAAUCCCAGCCAAACACAGCCAAUAUUCUCUCUUCUAAGGAAGAUGAAAAUAAAUCUGAUAAUCUUUCUGGAUCAAUAGUCACAGCCAUUCCACAUCCUUCUAACUGCAAUGGUUGUACUAAAUCAUUUAAUGAUAAAACUCAGUUUAGCACUCAUCUUAAACUUCAUUCACAAUCUCAAGAAACUUUAGUUUGCAAAUACUGCAGCAAACAAUUUGAAAAUAUUACUGGACUAGAGACCCAUGAACAAGCAUGUAAGGGUCUGAACAAUUUGUGUGGUCAAAAUGAAAAUGAGCAGAAUAGUCUGGAUAAUUUUGCUCCUUCAAAUGGAAAAACUGGCACCUCAUAUGUAAGCCCAGAGCCCACAGAGGCUGAAAAUGAGCUUACUGAUUAUCCUGGCACAAAUGGUACAAUGCCAGAAAUGGACCACUUUGUUAAAGUUGUUGAUGGACAGAUACUUUAUACUUGCAAUGUUUGUAAACGUACCUAUGUUACCUUGUCUAGCCUCCGAAGACAUUCAAAUGUUCAUUCUUGGAGAAGAACUUAUCCUUGCCAUUACUGCAACAAAGUCUUUGCAUUAGCAGAGUACCGCACCAGACAUGAAAUAUGGCACACAGGCGAAAGACGAUACCAAUGUAUUUUCUGUCUUGAGACCUUUAUGACAUACUAUAUACUCAAAAACCACCAGAAAUCUUUCCAUGCAAUUGAUCACCGACUUGGUGUAAACAAGAAAACAGCUAAUGGCGGCUUGAAACCAAAUGUAUAUCCUUACAAGCUUUAUAGGCUUUUGCCUAUGAAAUGUAAAAGGGCACCAUAUAAAAGUUAUGGAAACUCAUCGUAUGAAAGUAUACAAGUUAAUGAAGUCCCAUCUAGCACCUGUAUUAUUCAGAAUACUGUCACUUCUGAACGGUCAUCCUUGAAUUUUUCACACAAUAUGUUGCCAAGCUCCAGUAUUUCCUUGGAAAGUUCUUCAUGUCGUGAUGCUACAGGAACACCUGAAAACCCUCCAAAUAUUUCUUCCUGGAAAAUUGCAUCAGGGACAGACCUUAAAAAUAAUACUAAUACUAACAGAAGGCCAUUAUCUUCUGUUGAGGAUUCUGGUCCUCAGGAAUAUGAUUCCUCUCUUCAAACAAUUAGUAAUGUUAAUUCCCGUGAGAAUUCAACCUCUGUUAUUAGCUAUAACAAUUCAGCAUCUUCUGUUAUAAUGCAUAGUGGAAGAGUUUCAUCUGUGAUCAUGCACAGUAAUGCUGUCAAUGCAGUAGGAAGAAAUGAUAAGGGAACUUCAGAUAUUACAAUCAGCCAAGUAGCAAGCAAUGAUCUUAUACAUGAGUCAGACAAUAGCAAUACUAAAACAAGAAGCAAUAAAGAAAAGAAAAAGGUACCCCUGUAUGACAGAGAAGCAACAUCAAAGGAAGUAAAAUAUACAGCAAAUACAGGGAUAACUUCUAACACACCUACAAAUAUCUUUGAAACUUCAAGUAAGACUGAAACUUAUAUCGCAAAACCUGCACUGCCAGGAACCUCUGCUGACAGCAAUGUUGCUCCACUUUGUCAAAUAACAGUUAAAAUUGGAAAUGAAGCUAUUGUGAAAAGACAUAUUUUGGGGUCCAAAUUGUUUUACAAAAAAGGCAGAACAUCUAAAUAUGAAUCCAAAGGAGAUGAGACAGUUCAAGUUGCAGAACGGGAAAAAAGAGAGAGAAGUAUGUCUCGAGUUUGUCGAUCAGACUACAUUGAAAGUGAAAUGGGUGACGAUAUCAGUGACCAUGACUCCAAUGAUAAACCUUGGCGACCAUAUUACAAUUACAAACCAAAAAAGAAAUCUAAACAACUAAGGAAAAUGAGAAAAGCAAAAUGGAGAGAGAAAUACAGGAGCAGAAAUUCCUGUGAAGAAAGUGAGAAGACCUAUGUCACCACUUAUGCUCUUCGGAAUAUUCCUGAAGAAAAGGUCUGUAAUCAAGAAGGAGAUGGGAAGAUGACAGAUCUUUACUGUGAGCUCUGUGAAAGGGAGAAUACUUCUACGGAAGCACCCCAUGAUCACUUACACUGGGAGACCACAGGGUCUCAGUCUUACACUUGUGACUUAUGCCAAAAGCAUUUCCAGAGCCCUUCUACUCUAAGGAUGCAUAAGCGGGGUCAUACAGGAGAGAAACCCUACCUUUGCAAAACCUGUGGGAAAAGUUUUUCAAUCUCUAGCAAUUUACAGAAGCAUGAACGCACCCAUUCUGGUGUCAAGGAUUUCAUCUGUCAACAUUGCAACAAGGCAUUCACUCUCAACGAAACACUCAAAAUACACGAGAGGAUCCAUACAGGAGAAAAGCGCUACCAUUGUCAGUUUUGCUUUCAGAGCUUCUUAUAUCUUUCCACCAAAAGGAAUCAUGAGCAAAGGCAUAAGCGUGAGCACACUGGAAAAGGCUACGCAUGUUUUCAGUGUCCCAAGGUUUGUAAGACCGCAGCUGCUCUUGGGAUGCACCAGAAGAAACAUUUAUUCAAAACACCCAAGCAAGAGGAUAGAAAAGACUAUUUGUUUAAUGAAAGUUCUAAAUCAUGUAUAAGUCAACAUUGCUUUGAUUCAGAGCAGCAGGAAACAGCUAAACCUGUGCUAACUAAAAGUAUAAUUGAUGCAGAGGGUUGCAAAGCAAGUAGUAUUUCGAAUACCACAUUGGAUGCUGGACUCUGAGUUAGAAAAGGGUGCAGCCACAAAGAAAAUAGAAAGAUGAAAGGCCAUACACGCAAGUAAUUAAUGCAAAAAAAAAAAAAAAUCCAAACUUAUGGAAGUUCUUAAAACUUGAGAUAUAUAUUUUUUUCAUAUAAAUAUAUUGCAUACUUUACAUUUUAAAAUGUGCCAUAAAAAGCAAAACUUGGGAACUAUACUGAAGUUAAUGAAGCCUAAAAAAAGUAUAAGGAGAUAUUAAUGUCCCUCAGAAGAAAGUUUACAUAAAAAAGAAUAUGCUUAAUUGAAAUGUUUAAAAGGAUAUUAUACAGAAUUCACUGUUGAACUGGAAUAUGCCUACCUUGUUAAGAAUAUGAACCAUUUUGGACAACUAAACAAUGAGAGAUAUCAAUUCAGAAUAUAGUAAGGUUAAAGCGUUUCUGCUAGAAGAAAUUACACCCUGUAUUCCUAACUGGAAUGUACUUAUAAUGUGUUCAAAGGUCAACACUAUUUUAAAAGUUUAAUUUAGCCCUAGUCUAAUGUGUACACAAUAAGCAUCUGGUUAAGAUUUUAAGAUUUGUUAUUUGAAUAGUACAUUCACCCAUUCCGAAGUCUGAAUAUGCUGUUACAGAACAAUUUUGU